UGUUGUUAUGUGUUUGUUGAGACAGAGGUGGCUGCCCCCUGGACUGAAGAGACGGUGAGACAGUGUCUCUUCCUCUACCUGUCCCUGCUGCCUCUCAACCACCGGCUGGUCCACGAGCUGGCGUCCGUCUACACCGAGGCCAUCGCUGACAUCAAGCGCAGCGUGCUGCGAGCCAUUGAGCAGCCUAUCCGUGGGAUGGGGAUGAACUCGCCCGAGCUGCUGCUGCUGGUGGAAAACUGUCCUAAAGGGGCGGAGACGUUAGUUACACGCUGUCUGCACAUUCUGACCGAUAAAGUGCCCCCGUCUCCAGAGCUGGUGGAGAGAGUGCGAGACCUGUACCACAAACGAGUGCCCGAUGUACGUUUCCUGAUUCCAGUCAUAAACGGCCUCGAAAAGAAUGAAGUAAUCCAGGCUCUCCCGAAGCUCAUCAAACUCAACCCCAUUGUGGUGAAGGAGGUGUUCAACCGUCUCUUAGGGACCCAGCACAGUGAGGGGAGUUCAUCUGUGUCCCCUCUGACCCCGGGAGACCUGCUGAUUGCCUUGCACAACAUAGACUCAACCAAAUGUGACAUGAAAUCUAUCAUUAAAGCUACCAACCUGUGCUUCGGGGAGAAGAACGUGUACACGUCGGAGGUUUUGGCGGUGGUGAUGCAGCAGCUGAUGGAGCAGAGCCCCCUUCCCAUGCUGCUCAUGCGCACCGUCAUCCAGUCCCUCACCAUGUAUCCCAGGCUGGGAGGCUUCGUCAUGAACAUCCUGUCCCGCCUCAUCGUCAAGCAGGUGUGGAAGUAUCCUAAGGUAUGGGAGGGCUUUGUGAAGUGCUGCCAGAGGACCAAGCCUCAGUCGUACAGCGUGCUGCUACAGCUGCCGGCCGCCCCGCUCAGCAGCGUGUUUGAGCGCUGCCCAGAGAUGAGGGAGCCCCUCCUGCAGCACGUCCUCUCCUUCACCCCUCACCAGCAAGCUCACAUACCUGCCUCCAUCAUGGCGGUACUGGAAGCAAAUAAAAAGCCAGAACCAAAGCCUGUGGAGCCUGUGGUGGUCAUAGAGCCUGUCGUAGAGCAAGAGGUAACCCAUAAAGAAACACACAUCAUCGAUAAAGCCUGCACACUUUCCCCCCCAUAAACUGUUCUGAUCUUUCCAUGACAGGUAUUAUGAUUUUG